AUGGAAAACGACUUUAUUUCUCCUACCGCCACUAAUCUCGGCAACGCCUACCAAACUGCACAAACCGGUCAGCUGCCAACCAUGCCGCCCUAUGUCGGUCCGACUGAUACCACCUCUUUUGACCAAGUCAACCAUUCUGCGCCCAAUGCGCAGCCGACUACGCUACCCGAAAGCAUUCCAGCCAAUGCUGCCCCUUUAGAUCCUUUUGCACUCAAUUCGCGGCCAUUCAUGACGCACAUUUCUGAUGCGGAACCAUAUGGGGCGGAGCUGAGCCUUCUGCCGCUGUGA